AUGGGUCAUCUUACGACGCUCGCGACUUGGUACGUAUCGUCUGCUGGAGGCACUACUCAAUUUAGUAGUAGUGGAUUGAAACCUAGAUGGGCUAACGUUCUCUCAAGUUCGCUCAACCAAUGGGCGAUGGCCUUUGAUUCCAAUCAAAAAAACAUCAUUGAAUCAAUUCGACAGGCAAAAGCCAAAGGAUGCGCCAUGAGAGUCGGACCGGAACUUGAAAUCACGGGAUAUGGCUGUCUCGAUCACUUCUUGGAGUCAGAUACUCUUCUUCACUCAUGGGAAAGCUUGAGUGAGAUUCUUGUUCACCCGGAAUGCCAAGAUAUUCUACUCGACAUUGGAAUGCCCGUUAGACAUAAAGAUGUUGUUUACAACUGUAGAUGCAUCUGCUACAAUGGAAAAAUUCUACUUAUUCGACCGAAAAUGAGUCUUGCUAAUGACAACAAUUACUAUGAAGCUCGAUACUUCGCGCCGUGGAAAGGUGAGCGGAUUGUGGAGGACUUUUAUCUACCGAGGAUGAUUGAAAAAUUGCACGGGCAGAAGACUUGUAGAAUUGGUGAUGCAGUAAUCAGUACCAGGGAUACUUGUAUUGGCACAGAGACUUGUGAGGAGCUUUGGACACCAAACAAUCCCGGGAUCUCUAUGGGUCUGGAUGGUGUUGAAAUUCUCAAUAACAGCAGUGGCAGUCAUUGGGAAUUGCGGAAGCUUCAGACUCGAGUUGAUCUUAUUCGAGGAGCAACAACGAAGUCUGGUGGAAUCUAUCUUUAUUCGAACCAAAUCGGGUGUGAUGGCGAGAGAAUGUACUAUGAUGGAUGUGCGAUGAUUAUUGUCAACGGCAAGAUUCUAGCACAAGGUAGCCAGUUCUCGUUGCAAGACGUCGAGGUAGUUACCGCAACUGUCGAUCUUGAAGAAGUCAGAACAUACAGAAACUCCAAGUCACGGAACAUGCAAGCAAUUAAGCAAGAGAAAUACGAGCGCAUCGAGGCUGAUAUCUCGCUAUCAGACGACUCGGAAUUUGCAGAUUUUUCACUGGCACCAUCAGAGGAGGUGGAACCUCGAUUUCUUCUACCAGAACAAGAAAUCAGUCUCGGUCCUGCGUGUUGGAUGUGGGAUUUCCUACGCCGAUCACGACAAGGGGGUUUCUUCUUGCCGCUCUCUGGUGGUAUCGACUCAUGUGCUACUGCCGUGAUUGUACACCAAAUGACGAGACUUGUGUUUGUCGAGAUGCAAAAGGAGAACGCUCAGGUUAUUUCGGACAUGCUCAGAAUUGUUGGAGAGCCGUCAGCAAGCGAGUGGCGCCCAAAAUGCCCACAAGAUAUUGCGACUCGGAUGUUCCAUACUACAUAUAUGGGCAUGAAAGAGAAUAGUAGUCAGGAUACAAGAAAGAGAGCUGAGGACUUAGCAGUAGCUGUUGGGGCUUACCAUCUUGAUUUCGACAUUGAUACGGUCUAUCAUGCUCUUGUUUCUCUUUUUACUACCGUUACCAAAUUCGUACCAAAGUAUCAGAUGUAUGGCGGCACACCGGCGACAAAUCUAGCCUUGCAAAAUAUUCAGCUUGGUUCUGCUAAUGUAGACGAGUCCCUUCGUGGUUAUCUGACCAAGUAUGAUUGCUCAUCCGCUGAUAUCAAUCCUAUUGGAGGAGUCAGUAAGACGGACUUGAAGCGGUUUAUUCUCUGGGCAAAUACAGAAUUCGAUUUGCCAUUGCUGGACAAGUUCAUCUCUGCACCACCGACAGCGGAACUUCUACCCAUCACUUCGGAGUACGUCCAAGAUGAUGAAACUGAUAUGGGAAUCACUUAUAAUGAAUUAUCCAUAUUCGGGACAUUGCGUCGUGUUGAACGUCUUGGUCCAUUUGGAGUUUGGUCGAAGCUGCUGCACGUUUGGCAGGAUAAAUUCUCCCCUCAAGAAAUCUAUAAAAAGACAAGAUUCUUUUUCUACAACUAUGGAAUCAAUAGACAUAAGAUGACGACCUUGACGCCAAGUGUUCAUGCUGUUGCAUACGGAGUAGACGACAAUCGAUUCGACAUGAGGCCGUUCCUGUAUCCUAGCAUGGACUGGGCGUAUCGGAAGAUAGAAGGCCGGCUCAAGAUAAUGGGUCAAAGAGCAAGCCAAACCGUGGAGAAGAAAAAUGUUUGA